AUGUCUGCCCACGUUUAUUUGUUGGUAUGUAUUCUGAUUAAAGUGGUGAACUGUGAUAGUGGCUUCACCUUCUAUGAAAUCUUGAAACUAGGUGAAAUAUCAGAGAUAGCACCUGAUGGUCUCUUAAAGCAUGCUAACCAAACAAGUUGGGGAGUGAGCUCUGUUCUCUACUCAGUUCCCCUAAGCUUCAAGAAUUCCUCGAAAGGCAAUGCUUCCUCUUUCUCCACUAUGUUCGUCUUUAGCAUUGUCCCUGAAUUUCAAAACCCAAAUCAAGGAGUUGGAUUGUCAUUUUCGAUUAUGCCCUCAAAAGAGGUCCCUGGAGUUGUAUCAUCCAAACUUUAUGGCUUGAUCAAUGAAACAGGAGACGGAGAUCUAAAAAGACAUACCUUCAAUAUCGAGUUUGACACAUCCCAACAGUUAGAUGUUGGGGAUAUCAAUGACAACCAUGUUGGUCUAAAUCUUAACAGUAGAAGAUCAACAGAAUCCACUCCUGCAGCUUAUUUCACAAAGGGUGCAUUCAGAAACCUCACCCUGGCAACUAGGGAGGUUGCUUGUAGAAGGAGGCCAGUAGAGUCGAAGGCAUCAUCUAACGAGGUGAUUCUUGUGGACUGGGUAUUGGACUGUUUGAGAGGAGGAAAAAUUUUGAAGACGGCAGAUCCCAAACUAAAGAAUGAUUUUUAG